AUGGUUGGCGAUCCAUGCACAACACCGGACACAUGUAUACAAGAUAAUGCUGGUUGUAACGGCACCAUCUGCGACUGUCUCCCUGGAUUUUCUUAUAAUGGCACAGUGUGUGUUGGAACUGGGCUUUGUGACCCUUGUGAUACAUCAGUAUUAAAUUGUGAGGACCCUCUGGAGUGUAGUUCUACCACAUACAGAUGUGAAUGUCCCUCUGGUACAGUACAGAUAGAUGGCGCCUGCUAUGGAACACUUAUUGGAGAGACUUGUACAAGUAGUUACGAUGUAUGUAUCGAUGAUAAUGCUGGAUGUAAUGGGACAAUAUGCAACUGUUUGCCAGGGUAUUUCUUUAACGGCACUAUAUGUGUUGGGACAGAAUGGUGCGAUCCAUGUGAUGACUCAACAGCGGCUUGUUCAUCCGCUUUUACUUGCAGUUCCACUUCAUACAGAUGUGAAUGUCCAUCUACACACGUGCUUGUUGGGGAUACUUGUGUUGGAACGCAAGUUGGUGAACCAUGUUCAUCUCUGCUUGAUACAUGUAAAGAUAAUAAUGCCGCGUGCAAUGGAACAGUGUGCGAUUGUGUGGAUGGUUGGGUAUGGAACGGAACAAUUUGCGUUGGACCAAACUUAUGUGACCCGUGUGAUCCCGGUGUAUCUUCCUGUAAUAACGGUUUGGUGUGUAGCUCGACAACGUACCAAUGUGAAUGUCCUCCAGAUGAGGUUCAAAUCUCCGACUCGUGUUAUGGCACACAUAUUGGUGAAUCAUGUACUACAUCUGUUCCCACCUGUGUUGAUGAUAAUGCGGAAUGCAAUGGUACCGUGUGCAACUGUAUUGAAGGAUUCACUCAUAAUGGAUCCAUAUGUGUUGGAGACAGUCUAUGUGAUCCCUGUGACCCUGCCAUUACUACAUGUGCCUCUUCACUAGUAUGUAGUUCAGAUACUUACAGAUGUGAAUGUCCUGUAGGAUUUGUACAAAUCGGGGAUGCCUGCUAUGGAACACGUGUUGGCCAGGAAUGUACAAAUACUGUCAACACGUGUAUUGACGAUUAUGCGGAAUGUAAUGGCACUGUAUGUACAUGUAUUAAUGGUUAUAAUUGGAAUGGUUCAAUAUGUGGAGGGCCAAAUUUAUGUGACCACUGUGAUCCUAAUACACCAUCAUGUGGUGCCGGUCUUGUAUGUAGCGAUACCACUUACAGAUGUGAAUGCCCUGCAGAUCAAGUGCAGAUUGCAGAUAUGUGUUAUGGGACUCAUGUUGGCGAUUCAUGCACGACAAGUUUGAACACGUGCAUUGAUGAUAACGCUGGAUGCAACGGGACAAAAUGUGACUGUUUACCUGGGUUUACUUUCAACGGAACUAUUUGCAGUGGGCCAGAUUUAUGUGACCCCUGUGACCCCAGCAGCAACACAUGUUCAGGGUUAUUGGUAUGUAGUACCACCACAUACAGGUGUGAAUGUCCUCCCGGGGAGGUUCAAAUUGGGAAUAACUGUUACGGAACCAAUAUUGGCGACUAUUGUACAAGUUCACUGUCAACGUGUAUAGAUGAUAAUGCUGAAUGUAACGGUACAGUGUGUACAUGUAAAGAGAACUAUGUCUGGAAUGGUACAUUCUGCCUCGGACCAAAUUUAGACGACCCAUGUGAUGCCGAUUCUUGUGGUGCAGGUCUAUCUUGUGGCUCCACCAGUCAGAGAUGCGAGUGCUCAGACCCACCGGUCCAGAUCGACCAUGUCUGCUAUGGAACACACCAUGGUGACAGUUGUACAUCAAGUACAGACACAUGCAUCGAUGAUAAUGCGGGAUGUUCCAGUGGAACUUGUUCUUGUAAUACAGGCUUUACAUGGAAUGGAACUAUAUGUGUUGGUCAGGAAUUGGAUGAACCUUGUGAUGAUUCGGCAUCAUCCUGUGCUGCAAAUGGACUCGUGUGUGGCCCAACAUUCAGGUGUGAAUGCCCUGGGGAUGAAGUACAAAUCAACAAUAUGUGUUUCUCUCUUGUAUGUGGCUCUUGUGAAGUCAAUGCUGAUUGUUUAGGGGACAAUGUUGUAUGCUUGGAUGACUCUGUUCUUGGUGAAAUAUGCAAAUGUGAUACUGGCUACUAUUUAGAUAACUGUGGCAUUUGCCAAUCAAAAAUUUCAAACCAUGGUUCAUGUGACAGUGAUGAUCAAUGCCAAUCUGGUAUAUGUGUUUGUGGUAUAUGUCAAGCUACAGAUAAUGAAGACUGUUGUAAUGACUGUGAUGAAUUUACAGCAGACGUUAUUUUUGUAACGGACAACUCGGGUUCAGUGGGAAACACCAAUUAUCAGCAAUUGAAAGCCUUCGUCAUAUCUCUUGCAAAUGCUUUUGUCAUAUCACCAACUGAAACUCGCAUUGGCGUCGUUGAUUAUUCUAGAUUUAUCACUGAAGCAAACACUUUUAAUAUGAAUGUGUACACUUCGAAUCUCGCCUUUUCAACCCAAGUAUUAGGGCAUGAUUACCUUGGCGGUUGGACAAGAACAGAUAAAGCCUUAGUAAGAGCUAAACAGUAUCUGGACUCCGGUGCAAAUAGAGCUGGUGUACCGAAUGUUGUUGUAGUGUUAACCGAUGGUAAUACUAACGAUGGAGGAGAAUCAUUGCUUCCCACAGCUGCAGCGAAUUUGAAAAAUGUACCUGACACAACGGUUUAUGCAGUAGGCAUUGGCAGUGGCAUUUCACUUACCGAACUUCAACUCAUAGCUUCUGAUAAUAACAAUGUUUUUGAAGCCACUUCCUUCGAUACAUUAGACGAAAUCACUGAGCAGAUAUUGGCAGCUAUUUGUGAUGAAGCUUAAGAAAUUACCAUGGACAUUUCGUAGAAUGAACAGGAAUCUGGAAGCAGUAGAGAGAGAUAAUCUGUUAUACUUCUAUCCAGAUUUAAUAUGACUUCUACCAUUUCUUUUUUUCAUUUUCUUUUUUUCUUCUCCAAAUAAAAUCAAGUACAUUUCUGGCAUGUAUUUCGUAAAGAAUUACAGAAUAAUUUUAAAGAUUAUCUUUUGUCAUGAACAAUUGUACUAGUCAAACUUUUUGUUGAAAAAUAAAAUUUUAUCUGCAUUAACUAAUCUUGCUUCUUUUAUCUUUAUCCAUCUAUUGUGUAAUUAAAUGGUGAAUACAAGAAGUUAAAUUUUGGGUUACAAGGCACACUAAAACUGUAAAGAUCAGUUGGCCACUGUCCAGCUUUACUGGUGGAGGAAUAUAUUUUGUUUAGAUGCCCCUUCACCGUUCAAUUCAAUGCACAAUAUGGGUACCACCUAAGAACCACAUACUUUCCAUAAGCUAGUUUGAAAGUUUUUCUCAUUUGAAAGAUUAAGAGCUCUCUGGCAGGAUUCACACCCAUAGCAGUGGAGGGUAACUAAGUGAUUAGAAGUGACAUUGACAACUCCGCUACUGACACCGCAGGCUAUCUGAUAAUUGUGGAGUCAGUCUCACUUACCAGAACAGUCUAAUUAACCAAAGACAACACAAGACUACCCCAUGACAACUUUUUUUUUACAGAAAAGGAUAAAUUUAUUGUGUUAAUUGAUUAAAAAGAAGUUAAAAGUUAUAUUGAUUGUUGACUUGUAUAUUUCUGUUCAGUGAGUAUCUAAGGGGAGUAACUAGGCACACAAACAAUAGCACAAGUAAAUUGGAAUUGUGUCUUCCUGAAGUAUUUGUGACACAAGCUAACUUGAUAGUCGGUAUAUUCCGACGAUUUUAAUGUCUCAUAUAUAUUGGUAGAGAAAGAACACCUAGGUCAGAACCACCAACCUUCAUUUAACUGAACCGAUACAUAAACUUGAGGCUUUCUGUAGUGUACGAGAAAAGCCAAUGGAAAAUUGU